AUGGAGAGAGCUAGUGUGGCCAGCCGCAUCGAGGGACAGGUCCAUAAGUCCCCGGGGGACCAGCAAAGCAAGACAGGAUGGAACGUCAGAAGAACUAGACACCAACGCGUGGACUGCAAAGCAGAGCGCAAGCCAGGCGUGGGCUUAGAAUGGGACCAGCACCAGGCGGGCUUCACAUGCUGUGCGAGGGCUCAGGGAGCCACGAGGUCCUCAAAUAAGAGGGUUUUCCUCUUAGAACAGGAUCUCUGCAAGUGGAGGGAAAGAAAAUUGGAAGCAGAGAGCCAGGAAGAGAGAGGAGAAGGGACAGUGACUUUUCAGAUCACCCCUCCAUGUAGCAGUGAGAGGCAUUAUGAGCAUCUUGGACGGUGCUGUAACAAAUGUGAACCAGGAAAGUACAUGUCUUCUAAAUGCACUACUACCUCUGACAGUGUAUGUCUUCCCUGUGGCCUGGAUGAAUACCUGGAUACCUGGAAUGAAGAAGAUAAAUGCUUGCUGCAUAAAGUUUGUGAUACAGGCAAGGCCCUGGUGGCCGUGGACCCCGGCAACCGCACGGCCCCGCGGCGCUGCGCCUGCAUGGCCGGGUACCACUGGAGCCAGGACUGCGAGUGCUGCCGCCGCAACGCCGAGUGCGCGCCGGGCUUGGGCGCCCAGCACCCCUUGCAGCUCAACAAGGACACGGUGUGCAAGCCCUGCCUUGUAGGCUACUUCUCAGAUGCCUUCUCUUCCACAGACAAAUGCAAACCCUGGACCAACUGUACCAUCCUUGGAAAGACAGUGGAACGUCACGGGACAGAGAAAUCAGACGUGGUUUGCAGUUCUUCUCUGCUGUCUAGAAAACCACCAAAUGAACCCCGGAUUUACUUGCCCAGUUUAAUUAUUCUGCUUCUCUUCAUAUCCAUGGCAUUACUUGCUGCCGUCAUCUUUGGUGUCUACUAUAGGAAAAAAGGGAAAGCACUAACAGCUAAUUUGUGGCACUGGGUCAAUGACGCUUGCAGCCGCCUAAGUGGAAAUAAGGAGUCCUCAGGUGACACCUGCAGCAGCGCUCACGUGACAGCCUCUGGUCAGCGCCAAGUCUGUGAAGGUGUCUUGCUGCUGACUCUGGAGAAGACACUUCCAGAAGAUAUGUGCUGUCCAGAUGGCUGCGGAGUCUGUGCAGGCGCGUGUGUGGGAGCUGGUCCCUACUCAUCGGGCAGAGAUGUCACCAUGCUCUCCUUGGUCAGCGAGACCGAGGCCGAAGGGGACCCUUUCAGGCAGAUUCCCAUGGAAGACGAGUACGUGGACAGGCCCUCGCAGGGCCCUGAGUGUUUACUGCUCCUGACUCAGCCUGGAAGCAAAUCCAUGCCCCCUUUCUCUGAGCCCCUGGAGGUGGGGGAGAAUGACAGUUUAAGCCAGUGCUUCACGGGGACAGAGAGCAUGGUGGAUUCAGAAAGCUGUGACUUGGCCGAGCCCCUCUGCAGGACUGAUUGGAUCCCCGUGUCCUACGAAAAGUACUUGCAAAAAGAGGUGGAGGCUGGCAAUUGCCCCCACUGGGCAGCCAGCUCCAACUCGGCAGAUGGCUGCACAGGCUGCGGGAACCCUCCCGGGGAGGACUGUGAACCCGUCCUGGGUUCCCUGAAACAUGAACCCUUGCCCCAGUGUGCCUAUGGCAUGGGCCUUCCCCCGGAGGAAGCAGCCGGCAGGGCAGAUGGGGGAGACCAGCCCCAUGACAACGGCGGGGCUGAUGGGAGGCUGCCAGGCUCGACUAGAGGAGGCGCUGGGUCUGGAAGCUCCCCUAGUGACCAGCCACCUGCAUCUGGAAAUGUGACUGGAAACAGUAACUCCACGUUCAUUUCCAGCGGGCAGGUGAUGAACUUCAAGGGCGACAUCAUCGUGGUCUACGUCAGCCAGACGUCGCAGGAGGGCGCGGCGGGGGGCGCGGCGACUGCAGCGGAGGAGCCGGUGGGCUGCCCGGUGCAGGAGCAGAGCCCGGCGCGCCGCGACUCCUUCGCGGGCAACGGCGCGCGCUUCGCGGACACGUGCGCGGGCCCCGAGGUGCCGCCCGGCCCGGGGCUGCAGGAGCGCGGCGAGCCCGCGCCCGAGAAGGCCUCGCGGCCGGUGCAGGAGCAGGGCGGGGCCGCGGCCUGA